GGAUGUCUACAGAAGAGGAAGUCCCGCCCGCUGAGUCUCUCUCUCUCUCUAGCCAGGAAGUCUAGGAGCGCCUCUUGUAGCUUCUCGUGGAGGCCGGAAGCGAAAAAAGCCGAAAUCGCCGGCUAGGGCGGUUGGUACCCGGAAGCCACCGAGGCGAUGGCGGCUGGUCGGAGUUUGAGUCGCUCGGAGCGGAAGGUGGCGGCGCGCGCCGAGUUCCUCCGGCAAGAAGAGCAGCGAGAGCGGCGGAGGCAGGUGUCCCGCAUCUUGCACAAGCCGGCGGCGGACCGGAGUCCCGACGAGACCUUGCUGCUGUCUGGAUCUCAGGAAAUGGUGCGGGAUCUGGAGCGGCUUCGGAAGAAGCGUGAGCGGCUGCGGCGGCGGCUGGAGGAGGUUUGUGAUGAACCUGAAGAGUUGAAGAGGAAGGUCGUCAAGCUCUCUGCAGCUGUGCGGGGAGCUAAGCACCUCAUCAUCUAUACGGGAGCUGGCAUCAGUACGGCAGCUUCAAUUCCUGACUACAGAGGCCCAAACGGGGUGUGGACAAUGCUGCAGAAAGGAAGGAGUAUCAGGGCUGCAGAUCUGAGUGAAGCAGAGCCCACACUCACCCACAUGAGCAUUGCCUGCUUACACAAGCACAAACUGGCACAGCAUGUGGUGUCACAAAACUGUGAUGGGCUCCAUCUGCGCAGCGGGCUCCCUCGAGAAGCCCUGUCGGAGCUGCACGGAAACAUGUACAUAGAGGUUUGCACAUCCUGCACACCCAACCGUGAAUAUGUGCGGGUGUUUGAUGUGACGGAACGCACAGCUCUGCACAGGCAUCAUACUGGCAGAGCGUGCCACAAGUGUGGGGCACAACUGAGAGAUACAAUUGUCCACUUUGGAGAGAAGGGCAUCUUGCAGCAGCCCUUGAACUGGGAGGCAGCAAUAGAAGCUGCAAGCAAAGCAGAUGUGAUCCUUUGCUUGGGGUCCAGCUUGAAGGUUUUGAAGAAGUAUCCACAUUUAUGGUGCAUGAGCAAGCCACCCAGACACCGUCCUAAACUCUACAUUGUAAAUCUCCAGUGGACGCCAAAGGAUGAUCUAGCAGCCCUGAAGCUUCAUGGGAAAUGCGAUGAUGUGAUGAAGCUGUUGAUGGAUGAGCUGGGACUUCUCGUCCCUUGCUAUGAAAGAACAAAGGACCCCAUCUUCUCUCUGGCUGUUUCUCUGCGCCCUGAAGAAGAAGGCAGCCAUAGCCGGAAACUUGUGGCCCCACCAGCAAGUCUUCAUGAAGUGCAACUGGGAGAGCAGCAGCAGAUGCCUGCAGCUCCCUGUGGUCCCCUCUCUGGUGGCUGGUUUGGUAGAGGCUGUGCAAAAGGCACUAAGAGGAAAAAAGUUUCUUGAUUAUGGACUUUGAAAAAAGGGACAAGUAGAUUCUCCUUUUCUAACCUUAGGGACCAACGGAAGUUGCUAAAAUCAGGACAAGAAGUUACAUCUGCACUGGAUUUGACCAGGAUUGCUGGGCUAACUGGAAAAACACAGCUGCUAUUUUCAUAGAUGUUUUGUAUAAUUACUCAGCAUAGGGCCAGAUAGAGGCCAAAGCCUAACUUGGUUCUUGCUGUCUAAGUGGAGGUUGGCGUUUGAUACUCAGGGCUGCCAAUUCUUAAAUAUUAUUUAAAAAAAUAAAUGGAUGUUUCUUGGAA